AUGGGUCGUCCAGAACCUUCUGUGUUGUUUGCACAGACAUUUACCCAUGCACACCUUGAUGAAUAUGUUGAUGAGGUUAUAUUUUCUGAACCUGUUAUUGUCAGUGCUUGUGAGUUUCUUGAGCAGAGCUCAUCAUCAUCAUCGCCUGCAGUAACACUUAUGGGGGCCACUUCACCUCCUUCAUUUGCUUUAGAGGUUUUUGUUCAUUGUGAAGGGGAGGCAAGGUUUAGGCGACUAUGUCAGCCUUUUUUGUAUUCUCCUUCCUCUUCAAAUGUCCUUGAAGUUGAGGCACUUGUAACAAGUCAUUUGGUUGUAAGAGGAAGUUAUCGCAGCCUUAGUUUGGUCAUAUAUGGAAACACAGGGGAAGAUCUUGGUCAAUUCAACUUAGAAGUUGACUUAGACACCUCUUUGACCAAUACUGUGUCUAUUAUAGAGGGUGACCUUGAAGACCUUCCUCCUGCUCUAAAUCCUGCCAAGUCAGCCAUUGAAGAACCUAUAUCUUCCCUCAAGUCAUUGACUUUUAAACCUAUUGCAUCAGAUAUAUCAGUCGACAUGAAGCAGUUUCUACAACUAUCUUUCAAGAUUUUAGAGAUGCCAAAUAAAAGAGAAGAUGCUUUGAAUACAGUUGUUAAUUCUCUUGUGUCUGCAGCAGUAACGUAUUCAACUCAAACCUUGCAAUGUGUAUCCACAAGUCAACUUAGAGAGGUUGACCAUGAAGAAUCUUCCUUUGACUUUAGUCAAGCCAGAAAAGAUCUCCUUGAUAUAUUUCAUACCCUUCUAACAACCUCAUCACCUGAAAAUUUGACACUCGAAUCCGAGGGCGAUUUGGUAACUUCCAAACAGUUGGUGGAUACUUUAAGUCAACAUUUUCUCAUUUUCACUGAUUCUGAAAGUCUCAUACGUUCUCAGCUUCCACAGAGCAAGCUGCUCAUGGUGUGGUUGAGUGCUGCACUUCUCUUAUGUUCUUCUAAAGGGAGUUGCUUCAACUUUGUUAAUGGAGGCUGCAUGAAGCAACUGUGUGACAUUUUUUCAAAAAACGUGCAUUCUAGUGGUAUCACAUUGAUGCUUCUUGGAGUUAUAGAACAAGCUACUCGGUAUUCUAUUGGGUGUGAAGGGUUUCUAAAUUGGUGGCCUCGUGAAGAUGAUAAGAUGCCAGCUGGCACCAGUGAAGGGUAUAAUCAAUUACUUAAAUUGUUGAUGCAAAAACAACGCCAUGACAUUGCUUCUCUUUCCACCUACAUUCUCCAUCGUAUACGAACCUAUGAAGUUGCUUCUAGAUAUGAGUUUGCUGUACUACAUGUGCUUGGAGGUAAUGUUAUGUCAGUGAAAAUGGACAUGCUUGCAAGUGCUAAACUCCAACUCAAAAAACUUUUGAAAUUGAUAAAUUCCAGCUCACUAGUUGAAGAUCCUUCUCCAGUUGCAAUCACAAGCAGAUCACUUGUUCUUGGUGAAACUGAUGGAUUGUUGUCAUACAAAGCUACAAGCAAGCUGAUUACUUCAUCAAAUUGUCGCUUUAUAAACUGGGAUAUUGACUCACAUCUGCUUUUUCUUCUUAAGGAAAGGGGUUUUCUUCCUCUCUCUGCUGCACUUCUAUCAUCUUCUACACUGCGUUCUGAAGUGGGGCAUGCUAUGGAAUUAUUUAUGGAUAUCACAUCAUACAUUGAAUCCAUAGUUCUUUCACUUGUUUUUUGUCGCUCAGGGUUAAUGUUCCUUCUGCUUGACCCUGAGCUCUCAACCACAGUUAUUCUUGCCCUAAAUGGAUCUGAUUCAAAGAUUCAAGAGUCUAUUCCUCUUCGUUAUGCAUCUGUUUUAAUAUCCAAAGGCUUUUUUUGUCGUCCACGUGAAAUUGGAGUAGUUUUGAAGACACAUCUGAGAGUGAUGAAUGUAAUAGAUCGUCUGAUUACAUCAGAGCCACAUUCUGAAGAACUUUUAUGGGGCUUAUGGGAGCUUUGCUGUGUUUCCAGGUCUGAUUGUGGACGCCAGGCUUUGUUGGCCAUAGGACAUUUUCCAGAGGUUGUUUCAGUUUUGAUUGCUGCGUUACAUUCUGUCAAAGAACUAGAACCAGUCUCUGUAAACAACGGGACUUCACCUUCACCAUUAAAUCUUGCCAUCUUUCACUCUGCUGUUGAGAUCUUUGAAGUCAUGGUUGUUGACACCACAUCAUCAUCCCUAACCUCAUGGAUUUCACACGCCAAAGAGCUUCACAAAGCCUUACAUUCAUCCUCACCUGGAUCCAACAGAAAAGACGCCCCCACAAGACUUUUGGAAUUAAUCGAUGCUGCUGUAGUCUACCAUAAAAAUGGAGCUAUUGGGCUCUUAAGAUACUCUGCUGUUUUAGCUUCUGGUGGAGAUGCACACAUGGCAUCCACAAACAUUCUAGCAUGUGAUGAAAAUCAUGAAAUGGAUGUUGACAACGUUGUUGGUGUUGGCGAUGCUUCCGGAACCUCUGAUGGAAAUGUAAUCGAUUCUCUUUUAGGGAAACCAAUCACUGAGUCAAGAUUUUUAGGCUUUACUCUUCGUGACUCCUCUGUUGCUCAACUCACAACUGCUUUCCGUAUUUUAGCCUUCAUUUCCGAAAAUUCAGUUGUUGCUGGUGCUUUGUACGAUGAAGGUGCUGUGAUGGUUGUUCAUGCAGUUCUUAUUGAUUGUAAACUAAUGCUUGAGAAAUCCUCAAACAACUAUGAUUACCUUGUUGAUGAGGGAACAGAGUGCAAUCCUACUUCAGACAUAUUGCUUGAAAGAAACCGUGAACAGAAUGUAGUUGAUCUCUUAGUUCCUUGUUUGUCACUACUGAUUAACUUGUUGCACAAGUUAAAGGAUACAAAAGAGCAACACAGAAACAAAAAACUCAUGAAGGCUCUUUUACAUUUGCAUCGGGAACUCAGCCCAAAGUUAGCUGCGUGUGUAGUUGAUUUAUCUUACCCUUAUCCCGAUUUUGCCCUUGGAUUCGAAGCUGUUUGCCAUCUUCUUGUAUCUGCACUUGCUUGUUGGCCUGUAUAUGGUUGGACUCCUACUCUUUUUCAUUUUCUUCUUGAUAGUCUACACGCCACGUCAUUGCUAGCAAUGGGCCCCAAAGAAACUUGUAGUUUGCUUUUCCUUUUGAAUGAUUUCUUACCUGAUGAAGGCAUCUCACUUUGGAAAAACGGAAUGCCAAUGUUGAGUGCUUUUCGCCAGCUGGCAGUUGCAACACUGUUGGGCCCCGAAAAGGAGAGAGAAAUCAACUGGUACUUACAGCCUGGACAUAAGGAGAAGCUGAUUGGACAGUUGACACCAAUUCUUCACAAGAUUUCAGAGAUUGUUUUACAUUGUGCUAUUAGUGCAUUGGUUGUUAUACAAGACAUGUUGAGGAUUUUUAUUGUACGCGUGGCAUGUGUACAUGCUGACAGCGCAGCCAUACUUUUGAGGCCUAUGAUACUUUAUAUAGAUGAGUGGCUUUCAGAUCCAUCUGCUUUAACUGAUACAGAGGCAUAUAAAGUUCAAAGAUUGCUUGAUUUUCUUGCUAGCUUACUUGAACAUCCACGUGCCAAGCCAAUACUGUUGAGUGAAGGGGCUGUUCAGAUGUUAUCUAAAGUUCUUAAUACUUCACACAAGCUUAGUUGGUGCAUCCCUGUGUGUAGGUCAAUUUCUCUACUAUCUGAUUCUAGGAACAAUGCAAAGAUAUUGACAGCAGAGGAUUGUUCAUUGCUUUUAUUCAAUCUUUUCAGGCUUGUCAAGUUUCUUCCAGUUGGAAAAGAGUUAGUUGCGUGUCUAUCAGCCUUCAAAGAUUUGGGUUCCUCAUCAGAAGGGCAAAAUGGUCUUUUCUCAAUUUUCUCACAAGUUCAAUCCUUGUAUGAAGAAUCCGAACACGAAAACAGCCCAUUAAUUGAUGGAAAGUUUGAUCUCAUUGAAUUAAACAAAGCUCCUCCUUUGCUAUUUUGCUUGAGAACUUUAUUAAACUCCAUUGAAACAGAAGAUAUUCCAUCAGCUUCGUUGAUAGAAGCCAUUGAAGCUCUUUCAUCAGGAGCUUUAAACUUUUGCAUGGAUAAAAAAAGCUUGAACCUCAAGAUGGUUAAUCCAGUAAAAUACCUGUUUGGACUUCCUUGUGGUAUAAGUAAUGCAAACAACUCUUCAGAGGAAAACAUCAAAUACAUCCUUAAGUUGACAUCUUUCACAUCUUCUCCUCAGGUUAAUGAAUACGCAGACUCGUUAUCACGUUUACUGCAAACGCCUAACGAAUCAUUGAAGCCAGAUGUUAUUUUGAGUGUUGUCGAGGAAUCAUUAUUCCCAAAACGCCCCUCGAAGAUACAAAAAAUUUCAAAUUUCACCCUCGACAGGGCCGAACAUUACAAUUUAAACACAUACGGGGACAAAUUCACAUGGGAAUGCCCCGAGAAUUUACGCGAUAAAACGGGUCAAUCUCUGAGAAGAAAACUCACUCCUUUAGAAGGAACAAACAGGCGUCCUAGGGUCGAAAAUGCCCCUGCUGAAAACACAAACCAAAGUCUGUUUUCUAGAGGUCCCGGAGGACAAUUCACUACCCCUGUGGGUCCCACACGUAGGGACACGUUUAGGCUCCGAAAGCCCAACACUAGCAGACCUCCUUCUAUGCAUGUAGAUGACUAUGUAGCUAGAGAGAGAAACGAUGGGACUACUACUAGCUCUAAUGUGAUUUCGGUUCCGAGGGUGGGAUCCAGUAGUGGCAGACCACCGUCUAUCCAUGUGGAUGAGUUCAUGGCACGUGAAAGAGAACGCCAGAAUCCCAUGAUGGGAGUAGUGAAAAACACCACCCCUCCGGAGAGUGAAACAAAUUCAGAAAAAUUGAAUAAAUCAAAACAGAUUAAACCGGAUUUAGACGACGAUCUUCAGGGAGUUAAUAUAGUCUUUGGUGGAGAGGAAUCGGAAUCAGAAUCGGAUGACAGGUUGCCGUUUCCACAACCGGAUGAUAAUUUACAGCAACCGGAAUCCGUGAUUCCGGAGCAGAAUUCUCCUCGUUCGAUUGUUGAAGAGACGGAAAGUGAUGCCAAUGAAAGCAGCAGACAUUUUGAUGAGAAAAGUCAAAGUGAUUUCUCAUCGAGGAUAUCGGUUUCGCGCCCUGAAAUGUCGUUGACACGCGAACCGAGUAUUUCUUCCGAGAAGAAACCGUAUUUUGACCUUCCGGAAGAUUCUAGAAACGCUCAAAUGACAUCGAAAACUUCCGGGUUUUCAUCCGGGUCUAAUUUUAAGAACCCUAAUUUGUAUUAUGACCAAAAAUUUCCGUUAGCACAACCGCCUCUUCCUCCAAUGCCGCCACCACCUACCGUCAUGCGUGAUGCUCAGCCUCCAAUGCCGCCAGGGUUUCAUCAGGCACACUCUGAAUACGCAAGGACGUCUGGUGGGCCCAUGAGGCCACAACCACCUCUUCCGCCUACCCCGCCGCCUUACACCGCCGCCUCCUCUUUAUCAUCUCUAUCGUCUUACCCUCCACCACCAUUGAUGCCGCCAAUGAUUUACAACAGACCUUCUAUUCCUUACAACAUGUAUGGAACUAAUCCGACCCAACAAAAUCAAGGUGAAAACCAAUUCACACAGUUGCAGCCAUUACAGCCACCUCAACUCUCCCGCCCUCCUCAGCCACAGCCGCCACCUCAGCAUCUUAGGCCACCGGGUCCCGCUUUGACACAGUUGGAUCAUGUUCAAAUGCAGAUGGGUCAAUCGAGUCAUGUCUAUUAUCAAACCAUGCAACAAGGGCAUAAUAGUAAUCUUCAACAACACACUCAGUUGGAUCCUCAACCACAAGGGCAUAAUAGUAAUCUUCUUCAGCAACAAGAUGCUAGUUCCUUGUCUCUCCAGCAUAUUUUCAGUUCCCCUCAAGCCAUUCAGGAUCUGUUAGGUGAUCGUGAAAAACUUGUUCAGCUUCUAGAACAACACCCAAAGUUGAUGCAAAUGCUUCAGGAUAAAUUACAUGGUUGACAUUUUUCAAAAGAGAAAAAGUGCUUGGAAUCAAUCACUUGGGUGUUUUUAUUUCAUUUUUUUUGUUCUCUAGAAUUAUGAGUUUAUGUGUUCGUAUGAGCUUCAUGUUCCGGUGGUGUAUACAGAGUCAUAUACUAUUGUUGUAAAUUAAUUUUUACGGCAUGAAAUUGUAAUUAACAGCUAACCCU